UAUACAUAUUUUUAAAACAAUCUUUUUUGUUUUGUUUUUUGUUUGUUUGUUUGUUUUUAAAUACAUAAUUGACAAUGCCCAAGCCGAACAGACUACGAGAAUACAAACCGGGAGAUUUGGUCUUUGCAAAAAUGAAAGGUUACCCACACUGGCCAGCAAGGAUUGACGAGCUCCCUGAAGGUGCUGUCAAGUCUUUCUCCAAUAAGUACCAGGUGUUUUUCUUUGGCACUCAUGAGACGGCAUUCCUGGGCCCCAAGGAUCUCAUCCCUUACGAGGAAUGCAAGGAGAAGUUUGGGAAACCCAACAAGAGGAAAGGCUUCAGCGAGGGACUGUGGGAGAUCGAGAACAACCCAGCGGUGAAGGAGUCGGGACAUGAGGCGGAGCCACAGCCGGCCCGGAAGGAGGGCGCAGCGGAAGGAGGCGGAGACUCUGCAGGGGGCGGGGCUGUGAAGAAGGGCGGGGCCGAGGGCAGCAGCGAUGAUGAGGGAACCCUGGUGAUUGAUGAGAAGAACGAGAAAGGCGGAGCCAAGCGGAAAGCCGAGGAUUCGCUGGAGGAUUCCCCGAAACGACCCAAAGAUUCUGAAGGGGGAGAGGAGGUGGACAACAAGGGGGCAGGGCCCGAAACAACCAAUAACAGCGUGGAGGCGGAGCCUGCAGCCCCCGUGGCUCCGACCACGACGGACUCCCCCAGCGACAAGACGACGGCAGGCCAAUCGGCUGAGGCCACGCCCACGCCAGACAAGGCUGCAACAGACAGUGCUUAAAGGGAAGAUCUCCAGUCAGCAGACGCUUCUUUUUGUGCAGAUUCUGUGUCCUUCAGCAUUAAAGUGACAGAUAAUUCCUCUUUCAACUGCAAAAGCCUUGUUCACACUGGACGCGAUACGAUAAGCGAUUGUGUAGCACGACACACACACACACACACACACACAGCCACCAGGGAACUGGGUCUAGCCAGGGUGUGUGUGUGUGUGUGAUUAGUUUAAUGAAAUAAGUACUCGGCAGAAAGCGAUUGUGUGUUCCAAGCGAAGGUGUCGUUUCUAUCGCAGUGCAAGACGUAAUCACGUCUGCUGUGAAUAGACCUUUUUAGACUAUCUUUAGUUUCAGCGACAGAAAACCUUUAAUAACAAUUCUAAUUAAAUCUGACCCCGUUAUUUUGGGGGGGGGUGUGUGAAAUGAAAUUCGUGAUUUUU